GUCGUGGCGCACAUAUCAAAAUAGCAAGCAGAACUUGGGUCUGGCUGUUUUCUCCUUUACAUCAUACGAGUUAAUAAAUUUGGUUACUUCGAACUAUGAGCAUUAUUUGAGAUUCAGAUAAAUUAAUUGUCCAACAAUAGAGAAUAAGCUGUACAAGAUGGAGAUGUAAAUGUAGUUUAGAAUUACAUUUUAACAGGCUUUUAUAAGUUCAUGUACAGAUAAUUCUAGGAUAUUUUGAGGUAAUCUUCACCAUGUGGUCUAACGAAAUUCUACUAUGUUCAGGAAGAGAAGAUGUGUUGGCUGAACUCAUUAGAUCAUGAUUACGAUUAAUCGUAAAAUUAAGAUUAAGUAAAUUGGUAGAAAAACAUUGGUUGUCAAGACAGGUGAAGGCGAACCGCUGACUUCUAAUGUUCAAUUUCAAGCUUCGCAGUUGGUUUGGCUUUACUGAACCUCAAUACCGUAGAUGAAGGCUGUUUGUUGAUUUUUUUGGAGUGGAUUCACUGCACUCACCUAAUAUCUGUUCUAAUUUGUUUUCAUGGUAUUGAACUAAGAGAAGUUAUUGUCAUUACAUGGUGAAAAAUACCUCGAAAUGUCCUAAAAUUAUCUGUACAUGAACUUAUAAAAGCCUGUUAAAAUGUAAUUCUAAACUACAUUUACAUCUCCAUCUUGUACAGCUUAUUCUCUAUUGUUGGACAAUUAAUUUAUCUGAAUCUCAAAUAAUGCUCAUAGUUCGAAGUAUCCAAAUUUAUUAACUCGUGUGGUGUAAAGGGAAAACAGCAAGAUCCAGUGAAUCUAUCACAUUCUGUAACUUAUAUCGCUCUUGCUUUAUUAGAUUUUGUAAGACAAGCCGUCUAAGUGAAAUAAUGAAGUCAAUAAUUUUACUGAGAAGUCGUUCGUUGGUUUCAUAAUGAAUUCUCCCGGUUCAAGGAACUUGUUGACUUAUUUAAAUAGCAGUGGGUUGUUGGGACUGUGAUUUUGUCAUAUGAUUAAAUUAAAGGCAUCCGGAGUUUGUGUUGGGGUUCAAAUGCGAUUUAAAUAUCUUUACUAACUCGACAUUGUGUUGUCUGAAAUUGAGAAUUUGAAGUAGGAGGACUUAGAAGUAACUGGAGUUAGUAAUGCGUACUAAGAAUAUUGUUUUUAUAAAAUACUUAUGUACACCUAUUAUGUUUUGUAAGAUUUGACUCGGUGGAUAGUAGGAGGGAACUAAUAUCAAUCUUUUUAAGCUCUAAUAAUCGUAUUAUUAAAAAACUGAUUAUAAGGGGCUUCGUCGUAUUUAAAUUUUAAUGUGUAACUUUAUUAUUUCAAGUUUCAGUUAUAUCCAGAUGUAUUUCUUAAUUGAAGGGAAGUAGUGUACAUAUAUUCUCAGGACUUCAACUUUGGUUGCUUGAUUUAACACGGCAGGUCCCCGAUCACUUUUAUCACUCGUAAGUAGGGAAGCCGAACCUAAUCGAACAUUGUUUAUUAAUGUUAGGCAUAUAGUUAUAAAUAAGGUAACUGUUCCGGUUAAUUGAAUAGGACUGAGGUAAUUGGAAAGUUGUAUAUAUGUUUUCCCACCUCGUCGUUCCAUAGUAACUGUAGUGCAUACGAGAUAGUAAAAGCAUCACGAGAAUCAAACAAAAGCGUACAAUCAGUUUCUUUGUCCAAAUUGUACUGGAGGAGAGGGUGCUAUGUAUUUAAUGUGACUCAGGGUUUAGAACCAAAAACAUGUACAAGAUCACUUAGUUUCUAUAAAGCUGUCAUUCCAUGAUUAGGUUUAAUAUUAAAGCCGACAAUUUCCUUAAAUGAUCUAUCUUUGUAAGGCUUCACUGAUUUUGAGAUGGUGGAGAAUAUUUGUAGCUCAGGUGUGUAGCUCAGGAAGUGACUUCUAUCUGAAGUUUGUGCUGAUGAUGUCGUUCAGAAGAACGAUGAAAGCUCCUCGACCAAACCAUCCAGCUCAGAGAACAAAACACCACCAAAAAGCUUCACUGAUUGGAUAGUAUUAUUUUUCCUUACACAUCGACUAAAAGUCAAUGUCAUAUGUAGCUAUUAAUCUAUCUUUGUUACAUUUAUAUUUGUUACAAUAAUUGCCACUUGUUUUUGUAUCCUUUGAUCGAUUUUUUUGCUUCAGUCCAUUCACCUCCCCCCUCUUCCAUCUCUCCGUGAAAUCAUCCAUGUUUAUGGUAUUCGAGCUCAGAAACAGUUAUCUCAAAACUUUCUUUUACAAUCAUCAUCUAUAAAUGGACUAGUCAAGUGUGCAGGGAACCUUCGUGGUGCUUAUGUUCUUGAAGUUGGUCCAGGUCCUGGCGGGAUUACUCGGGCGAUUCUUCAGAAAGCUCCACGUUAUGUUGCCGUCGUGGAACUAGAUAGAAGAUUUAUUCCUGGUCUUCAGGAAUUACGGCUUGCUGCUUUCGAAAUGGGGAUCCAAAUGGAUAUAUACAGACAGGAUAUUCUAAAAUUUAAUUGUGAAGGUAUUUUUCCCAUCAGUUCUAUGACUGGUGCAGGAGCAUGGGAGGAGUCACCUGAGGUGGCAAACUCAAAUUUAUUAGAAUCUACAUCAAUAAAUCGAAAUGAAACUGCAUUAGAAAAAAUAAGUUCACCACGCUUGUGUGUGAUUGGAAACUUACCAUUCAAUAUUUCUACUCCUUUGAUUUCUCAAUGGCUUCAUGAUAUUGCUGAGCGACGAGGAAUUUGGCGAUAUGGACGAGUCCCUUUGACAUUGACUUUUCAAAAAGAAGUUGCUGAACGACUUGCUGCGGAUGUAUGGGAUGAACAGCGUUCCCGCUUAUCUGUCAUGUCACAAGCAUACUGCGACGUUAAAUACAUGAAGGAUAUUCCAGGUACUGCUUUUGUUCCUCCACCAAAAGUAGAUGUUGGUGUUGUUCGUCUAAUUCCUUUAAAACAACCGCUUAUUCCUGUACCGUACCCGUAUGUUGAAAAAUUGGUACGUCAAGCAUUUCACUUCAGACAAAAGCAAAUUGUUCGAUGUCUUGAAACAUUGUUCCCUUCUAAUAGACCUGAACUGGUUAUUCAGUUAUUCAAAGAAGCCGGUGUGCAACCAGCCAAACAGUGUAUACAGUUGACAAUGUCAGAAUUUCGAGAUUUAUGCUCUGUAUAUCAUCGUAUUUGUCAGAUUGAACCUGAUGUAUUCGAUUUUGAUUAUCAAGCCCGAACUAAUUUGCCAUUGUGGUAUAGUCGUAAGAAAAUUCAACGAGAAAUGUUAGACAGUCCAACUGGUCUUACGGCCAAUCGUGUUCGUCAAGAAAUAUAUGGAUUCAGUCAGUAAUGGCUAUACGCUUUUGUUAUUAUCAUAUUGUAAUCGAUUCUUUAAUCAACAAUUCAUUUAUAUAACUUGUGAAUAAAUAUACUUCCAAUAUUUUGAAGUGAUUGAAUAUUUUUAUGAUGAGUCAAUCAUGCAUACUUGAUACGUAAAUAUGUGAAUUGUUGUCUCUUGUUUAUGAACUAUUAAUGAAGAAUACUUUAAAGGAAUUAAAUUUAUCAACUGUAUAUAUGGCCAGUAAAAGCUUUCAGCAACGAACUUGUCGUUUAUUGCUGUUGAGACAUUGCUUUUCUCUUGAGUGUUUACUGAAUCCACAGAUUUGACAAUGUAUAUGUAGAUAGAUGAUUUAUGUACUCAAUGUUUUACUGUUUAUUAACACAUUUAAAUUCCUUUUUAUCUACAUUUGAGAUUUAGGUAACCGUGUAGUAUUUGUAGUCUUCAAAACCUACCACACGGUCUGGUAUUUCAUCGUGUUAUGAAUUUCAGUUUCAUAAAACAUAUUAGACUUAAAGAAAGUAUUGAUCAGUGUCCCAAUCCUUCUGUAUUAGUGUUGGACCAUCCCAUCUACCAUUACCCAUAUUCAGUGAUUAUUUGGAUCAUGUCAAAGGAAACCUUUCGUAUGUGCGAGUCAAAGGCAUUUCUAUAUCUUUUAUGAAGGUGACAAUUAGUAUGUUUCUCAAAUUUUCUCAUUAGAUAUUAUCUAAAUCAUCACUGAGCACAACAGUGCGUAAAGUAGUUAGAUGUAGUGUAAAUCAGUUAUAUUUGAAACUUCUUAUUUCACGUAAUUGUCGUUACUUAGUUGCAAAAGUCAACUGGAAACAAUUAGUUUAUUAUUAAACCACUGGUUUAUCGCUUUUAAAGAUUACAAUCCGGAUACUAGUCAAGUUUAAAUAGAAAAAUGAUAUCUGGUCACGCGAACUGUACUGAGUAGAACGGAGUUUCAACCUAUCUAGUAUUUGUAAAGCGAGCACUAACGAACAAGCCACCACUUCAUUGCAUUGAUCGUCGUAGAAACUGAUUAUAUUAACAGACCGUUCACUACCAGUCAACAUCCAACAUAGCAUUGAAAGUCUUAUUACUCUGAAAAUCUUACAUCUACAGAGAAGCGUCAUUCAAUAAUACUAGUUCGGUACAAACAAUUGUAGUAUCAUACAUCUAAAGUAUUUGUUUGCUUUGGCUAUUCGUCAGCAUUUUGAAAGAUUGCUUAGCAUCAUAAAGUUGUAGACUUCGACUUGAUCAUAUUCUCAUUUUAAGCCGUAAAAGAUAGACUACAUACAGUAUAUUCCAUUUUCUUGUUCAACUUUUUAUUCAAAGUUGUAAUAAAAAUAUAAUUUUCUCAAUAGUUCUUUUAUAUGUAGCUAUUUUCAAGAGUAGUUAAUUCAGCAAUGAAGUUCAUUUUGAAAACUGUACAAUAAUGUCAUAUAUGUAUUAUGCUGUAAAUAAUAGAUUUUAAACAUGAUUCUUUUGUUUAUCAUAUAAUGAACUAGAGUCAAAUAACUGAUUAUAUAUAGUCUUUUAGUUAAGUUCACAAUUCAAUUUUAAAUUAGUCUACCGUUUAACCAAUUUAGUGAAACGGAUUUUAUGAUGAUGUAAAACAAGUGAGU